CAUUUCUGGAUAGACGCGAGUGCUUUUUAGAGCCAGUAGAGUGGUGUGGGGCCGCGGUGCCACUGGCGCUUGUAGUCAAGAAAGAAAAAAAGGCAUGCGGUAACUAAUUGUGCCGCCGCGUCGUCACCUCUCUUCCCUGGAGGUUUAUGUUGUGAGGUAAGGGGGACAGGACGGCUUCACUGCAUCGCUAUCCCCCCACCAGCAGUGACCCCCGAGAGAGGGAGUUGCCUUCAGUUAGCUGACCGACACCGGCAACAUCCAUGCGCGUCGAAAAACAGGUGUACGGUUUCAUCACACGGACACCGCGUUAGCUUCCGAGACGCCGUGGCUCGCUGCGUUUGUGUGUGUACUUUUGCGCUUGUUCGAGUGAGGACUUCAUUCAUUUCACACGGAAGAGGCUGUUUACCUGAUGAGAUGUUGCGGAAUUAAGGGGCAGUCGUCGUAAGGCAUUAAACGGGGAAAGAUCUGGGAAUAAAGCUUGACCGGGAGGAGAGACUUAUCCUGAGCAGAGUGAGGAGGAAUAGAAGAAGAGAAAGAGAAAGGAAAGGUGCUGGUGCACAGAGCUCACCUAUACCUGACUCUUCUUAGCAAGUCUCCAGUCUCUUGAUUUUAUGACGGAAAGUGUGUCUCCCUGCAGUGGAUCAGUAAGAAGUGCUCUUCAAUAUGAAUACAGGGAGUGAUUCUCACUCGUCAGACUUGGAUUCUUGGCGGUCCCGCAGUGUAACAGAUGGCCUUAAGAAUGGAGACGCCAGCAGCUCGUCUCUUGCUGCCAAAGGCUUCCGCAGUGUCAGACCCAACCUGCAGGACAAGAAGUCACCAACACAGGAUAUCAGUCACUUGCCAUUGCCACCCCCCAGGAGAGACAGUUAUCACUUCUCGCCCACUGGCGCUAACCCACCAGACUAUAGCUCCCUCAUAGCCCUGGCUAAUGAUUCUAGCCCUGGAAUGCUAACAUUCACUCAGAAUGAGAGAGCAGUUUUAAAAGAGUCCUACACUAUUAAUAGCACAUCUUCUUACUCCUUCUCAGAGACCAGUGGAAAUUCAGUGCAAAAGGCGCACCAGCACACUAGCUCAAAUGAUAUUAGCAACUGUAGUGCAUCUACCACUGCUAAUGCCCAGGUCCAGGAGCGUAAAGUGUCUUCCCUCAAACUAACCCCAGUCACCAUCCCUGACCCUCCUGCUCACCUCAAUUCUUACCUUGAUCCCCAACCUAAGACCAAGACCACAAGUUCCCCUCCGCCCACUUUCCCACCUCCACAAAGUGGUCCCACUCUCUCUCAGCCCCCAACACAGACAGCCUCGAUUUCUGUCCACUUGGGCGCCGAGAAUCUGAAAAAUCCAGAGCCUCAACCUCCAAGUCCCACAGUGGAACUCAAGCUCCCAGAUCAAGCCCCAAAUCAAAACCCAAGUCCAGCUGCAUCCCAUGUGGAGAUGACGAAGCCUCCUCCUGCAGUUCCACCAAGACCUUCUCCUGCAGAACUGUUGGGCCAGGUCCUCUCUCACGCUAUGAAUGGAAGUGCUAGCCAUCCACAGAGACCCCUCUCUCCUCCGUCCUAUCCUCCUCCCCCCGCCUCACUCCACACUGGGCUCCCGAGACAGAGCAGGAGCUCGGAGGGCACCGAGUGUGUCACUAGGGAGUCUGUGGUGUCGGGCCACACCAGCGUCAGCAGCACCGUGCCCAUCGCCCGCUUCUCAGAAGAAGAAAAAAGGGUUUCUGUCAUUAAAGCCCCUCAUUAUGAAGGCAUCGGCCCCGUGGACGAGUCCGGCAUCCCUAUCGCCAUCCGCACGACGGUGGAUAGGCCUAAGGAUUGGUAUAAAACUAUGUUCAAACAGAUCCACAAGGUUCACAAAGCAGAUGAUGACUAUUCUGACACAUACAAUGCAACAUAUGCUGUCAUAAACAACGCAGACGACUACAGCCUGUCGUCCACCGCCACCAUGGCCCACCCAGCUCCCCGCACACAUACGUACAGGCCACUAUCCAAGAGCCCCUCAGACAACGGAGGGCACCUGGGGCCUCGGGAGCCUUCCCCGUCCCCUGUACCCCCACCACCUCCACCCAUGCCAUCCCUCCUGCAGCUGAGGGCCAGAGAUAGCGAACGCGAAAAGGACUCCCCAGACAUGAAUGAAUGGGGUCCCCCCGACAGGAAAGUGGACACACGAAAGUACCGCGCAGAGCCUAAGAGUAUUUUUGAAUACGAGCCUGGGAAGUCCUCUAUUCUGGAGCACGAAAGACCAACCUAUGAUGACAUAGAUUUAGAGAACGAGCCUUGGUAUAAGUUCUUUUCCGAGCUGGAGUUUGGGCGGCCGCCUCCUAAAAAACGGCUGGAUUAUAAUCCAGACAUCUCCGCUCGCCAGCACAUUGAGACAUCCCUGCCCAUCGCUCCUGCUGACAAGGCUCCGGAGAGACCUGCGAGUGCUGCCAGCGACUACAGGAAGAGAAGGAAGUCAGAGCCGUCAAGUUCCCAAGUGAAUGCUCAGUCUCAGAGCAGAGCUGCCACUUCCCCUAAACCAGUGGAUGCCUACAGACCCAGCAGCAGCCUAAAGAAACCUGUCGUUCGUUCCUCACCUUCCUCACCCUCCAGAGCCAAAGACCAGGAUGUCUCAAGGAGUUAUUCCACCAUGGAUGGACGCCACACACCCCAGAGUAGAAGACCUACUCCUGACAGAGAGGUCUCCCAUAAACAGAUGACACAACUUAUUCUGUUCUCUCUCCUCCAUCAGAAACAGCCCGCGAGAGCCAUUUAUGAUUUUAAGGCACAAACAGCUAAGGAGCUGACAUUUAAAAAAGGUGAUGCAGUGAACAUCAUCAGGCAGAUAGACAACAACUGGUAUGAAGGAGAGCACCGUGGACGGGUGGGGAUAUUCCCCAUAUCGUAUGUAGAGAAGAUGCCGUCCACAGAGAAGCAGCAGCCGAUCCGUCCUCCUCCGCCAGCACAUGUCAGAGAGAUCGGAGAGGCAGUGGCACGCUACAACUUCAAUGCUGACACCAAUGUGGAGUUGUCUCUCAGAAAGGGAGAGAGAGUGAUUUUGAUAAGACAGGUGGAUCAGAACUGGUACGAGGGGAAGAUCCCAGACACAACCAAACAGGGCAUCUUUCCUGUGUCCUAUGUUGACAUCGUCAAGCGCUCCCCGUCCAAGAGCUCCGCCCACCACAUAGAUCCACAUGUUCACCCUGGCAACAGGACACCAAGCAGCACACCCAUCAAGCGAUUAGUACAGGAUGCACUCCAUGGUGGAGGAGACCCAUACCAGGCCCUGUACAACUACAUGCCUCGCAACGAGGACGAGCUGGAGCUGAGGGAGGGAGACAUUGUUGACGUGAUGGAGAAGUGUGAUGAUGGCUGGUUUGUUGGGACCUCUCGAAGGAACAAGUUGUUUGGAACCUUCCCUGGAAACUACGUGAAGCAGCUAUAAUGAUGAUUCCAGACUCCGCCCCAGCCCCCGCCCCUUUCUGUGACACGUUCAUCGCCGCUCGGCACAGCACCUGCAGGACCCCACCCCCCCGCCCCCGCCCCCCUCUAACAGUGGUCCACAGGGACCUGUCGCACAUUUAUGUGUUUGAGUGUUAUGUGUGGCUCAUCAGCUUCACACAGACAGAACAUUUAGCUCUAACUAGCCAUCUUUAAUGGAAGACUUCUAUAAAAUGAUGUUGUUUUUUUAAACGUUAUCUUUUUAUCCUUAUUUUUCUAUCAUGGAGAACCCAAACUUUGUGCUCCAGUCAGUGACCUUUAACUUUUGACAGUGAUGGAAUGACAUUAAAGGAACUUUGCAAACGCUCAUUGAUAGUGGACAGUGCAAGGCAGUGAUGCUUUUCUCUGUGUUUCAACUGUUUAAGGGCAGUAAGAUCACCACCAUCACCUUUUUCUUGUAUUUUCCGGCAGUAUCUGUAACUUUAAAACACUUGUUACAUUUCAUUUCAGUGUUCAAUUACAAACAUUCACAGACAUUCGGUGCAUAGAGAGCUGCACAAACAGUAUUUUGUCAGCAGGCCUGUUGUAUGAACUGUGUUGUAUGUCAGGUAAAAGGAGUUCCUUCCCAUAGUUACAUGUGGAACAGACUGUGCAUGUAUCAAUGUUAUGUGUUACCCAAUGUAUUGAUCGGUUGGUAAGAAUUUAGGAAUAUUAUGAUUCAUAAUCAAGCAGUUAUUUCAAACAUUGCAAAUGAGGAAGUGGAAGAAAUAUUAUUGACACUGUUCUACUUGCUGUCUAAACCUAAUACAUUAGUAUACAUAAGUAUAAGAUUAGAAAACACCAAUAUUUUCAACUUGUUCUUCAUCUUCACACUAGAAUUGAUGCACUUUAACAAAAUUUUAACACAAAUUUGUGUUUGUUUUAUUUCAGAUUUCACUUCAGAUUUUGUACACUAGACGUUACUGUGACAUUUGGGGCUUUUUGGGGAUAUUGGUCAAGUGUGGGAAGUGUAUGCAAAAAGGUUAACAACCUUUUAGGUAUUAUAUUUAUUAGAGGGCAAACGCUGGUCACACUAUGUGAUAAGAUUAUUUUAGGAAGGAUGGAAAAACAUGUUGCUUUUUAACACAUUCUAACAGCAGCAAACUCACAUUUGAAUGGAUUGUUAUUUUAUUGUCAAGUAUCAUUGUCCAGAUAAGUGCUGAGACUGAGGAAUAACAUGAGAGUUGAUGGGCUAUUUGGAAUUACCAGAUGUCAUGUUGUGUUAUGUUGAAUUUAUUUAAGUCAGAUACAGGAUGAGACAGGAUUUGAUCAAAAGCUUCAGUCGUGUAAGUUUUUCCACUUGACUUUGGUGGCUUCUUUUAACCCUGUUGUCAGAGUGAAUAGGUAGUGUGUCACUGUUCAUGUGUUUAUAUACUAUUUGGAAUUAUCUGCAAUUUCCAUCUUAGCUCGUCAUGCUCAGUGAAUAUGAUCUUUUUUUUUUUUUCUCAUUUUGUGUUUCACAAAGGAUGAACACUGACAACAAAACAAAUGUUAAAGCACCUUAAAAUAUAUUUUGUUUUUAUCAUUCAUUGUCCUUCAUGUCACCCCCUGUCAUCCACUAUUUCAGAUGGCGUGAAUCCACUUUGUGUGUGCGUGUGUGUGUGUGUGUGUGUGUCUGUGGUGUUUUUGUAAGCCUUUUGUAUGAGAGCUGUAAAAUGGCCAACAUCCACUUGCUUUAUAAAGUCGGCUUUUUCUCACCCACCAUCA